AUGGCGACGGCGGAGGUCCUCACGACGAUUAUAAGAAGAAACAGGCCAGGAACGAAGGCUGCGGUUCGUCUUUCUUAUUUCUAUUACUAAAAAAUCGUAGUUUUUUCAUGUUUCUGUCAAACUUAUCAUUAGGGGGAUUAACUUCGUUAGAUUUACCAAGAAGAAACAUGUUCAAUGAUAGAGAUAUGAGCCCGGUGAACAUGAGAAAGAUGUUUUUUUAGCCAGUGACACACACUUGCAAAACAUUAAAACUAUCUGCGUAGAAUUUUCACGGAAAAAGAGUUCAGUUCCCAGAGGAGAGGGAAACACUUUGGUUCUGUGUCCACCAGCAUGGCCACCAUGAUGUCAGCUGCAAAGGAGUCAUUCAUAAUGGAUUACAAAAAAACAAUCUCUUGCUGACAGAAAUCUGAGAACUGAAAUAGAGGGUUAUGCUUCCCUCUGAAAUAAUGCAGUGAUCAUCACUGGCGAAAAGAAGCAUAAAAGGUCUCAAAAUGGUGAAUUCUGUGUUGAGGGUAUAUCUCAUGUUCAUUUUACUUUCAAGCACUACCACAUAAUCAGCAGCCAUGUCAAAACCAUCACAACUUUAUCCUUAGUCUCCCUCACAGCCGUUGUUAAUGUUGUCACACAACGACACUUAAAAAAGCUGCAAGGGAGACUACUCGAUCCCUGGUCAUCAUUUACUUUAAAGUCUAAUAAUAAUUUUAAUUAAAAAUACAUGUACUACCGUAUUUUUUCUUUUUUUUUUUAUGGCUUGCAGUAAAGCUUGUGAUGACUGUUUCUUUUCAACAGGACAUGUAUGGGUGGCCUGAUGAACCUUUCGAGGAGAUGGAUAGUACAUUAGCUGUCCAGCAGGUGACCAAAGAGCUGUGAAUUACUAUUUUUAUUUCCACAAUCCACAAAGGGUAGUUUACUAGCAGAGGCUUCUUUUCUUGGUAUUCAGUGGGCUAGGGAAAAAGAGAUGUUGUCCACCUAAUGCCAGAAAAAAGAACCCUCUGCUAGCAUGGAACACAAAAAGGGCAUGAAACUUUGCUUGUACAGUGGUGCAGUGUAUUGCUAACCUAUCUGUUUGUUGAUUAAGUCUUACAGUAUGGUGUGACUGUUCAAAAGAAACCACAUCUCCAGUUCACCCAUUUUAACUGUCAUUCUCUAAGCUCAAUAUUACUGUAAAUGAUCUAUUAGAUGCCCACUCUCAAAUAAGCAUCUCUCGUAGACCAAAGUAGUGAGGUCAACCUUAAAAUCCUGUGUGUUCAUGUCAGCUACCUUAUGUGUAUUAUAUUUGUAACCUGCUUUAUCAAAUAAAAUGGUUAUGAUAAUGAUGAUGUCAAUUAAUUUGGUUAUGAAUCUGUUCACUGACAUUUUACCUAUGACAGAAAUGUAUCACUUUCAUCUGUUCCAGUUUUUUUUUUUUUGUUUUUGUCUGUUUAUCUUUACAAAUUCAAAUUAUUUUGACAGUGACUGCUUUGCAAAGUUUAAUGCCCUUAAAUCAGUUGCUUGAUCAAAAAUGCAAGAAUAUUAUAAGGCCGUGCAAGAUACUUUGUCAUCCUUCUCUUCUUUAUUCCCACCUACUUGUUGUAUUUACCCGGCAACUUGAAAUCCUAGUGACAGCCCUUCAUUUUUGUUAUUGUUUUAGUAUAUUCAGCAACAGAUCAGAGCAGAUUUCACCAAUAUAGAUGCCAUCUUAGAAUCACCAGAAGGACAAGAUGAGGGAGUGUGGAAAUAUGAGCAUCUCAGACAGUUUUGCAUGGAACUCAAUGGACUAGCUGUCAAACUUCAGGUAAUUAAUAAUAAUUAAUCGUUGUUAUUGGUAACCUAAGCAAUGCUAGUAGAAAGUGGGGAAUUUAACUCUUUAAGCCCCAAUAUCCAAAUACAAAUUCGCAAGACUGAUUUCUGUACAUUCACUUAAUGAAUUAGUUGGGAGAAUUUGUUUGAAGAUCAAAGUGUUUUCCAUGAAGUUAUUGCUUUAUAUAUUCUCACAUCAUUUUCUCUUGAUUAUGUAUUGAUAUCAUUAGGAAAAAAAAAUUGAUUUUCAUCACUCGCGGGACUUUUAACCCUUUAAAAAGGGUUAACAGUAAGGAAAAAUGUUUGGCACUAUUUUCCUUUUUGUUCCCUUUUCAAAAGUACGUGUAUUCAGGGAUUACAGUCUUAGCAACUUGGGAAAAUCCACCAACUUCAUCCCUUAGUUAAAAUCGUGUUUACUACAUUGCAUCACAUCACGUGUCGUAGUGUGAAAGAUCAGAGUCACCCUAUAUACAUGUAGCAAGUACUCUUUCAGAUUUACAGCUUGCAAAAGCACUUUACAAUGAUAAAUUCUCACCUGUCACAACAAUAUUUGAUAAUUAUUAUAUUGAAAAUGCUAAUUGAAAGUUGCAUCUGCCAUAAAUGGAGUUUGCAGUGAUUCUUCAGAAAUUUGAGUCAUUUUCUGCAGGUUAAUUAAGUUUAUCAUGUAGCAUUUUUAUGUUCACGAACAUGUAUGUUCAAUCUGUAGCAGUUUUAGAAACCACCAUUGUUUGUGUGUUUUUUUUCUUUAGACUGACUGUACUCCUGCAACUUGUACUCAAAUGACAGCCACAGAGCAGUGGAUAUUUCUGUGUGCUGCACACAAGACUCCCAGAGAAGUAAACCCUACUGUAUUAUGUUAUUUCUAAUGUACAUUAUAGACAUUUUUUGUAGACAGAGGUUUCCAUAUUUGCAAAUUCAUUUACGUCAUUUUAUAGUUUGCUUGAGCUUGAAGGCUUUACAGUUUACACACAGAUGUACAUGUAAAACACAUUGCAUCACAGCUACUUGUGCCAAAGAGCUAGUCAUAUAAUAAGACCAGUCUCUAAUACUUUUCCAUCCAACUUAAAAUUGUGUAUGCUACGACUUGUUUUUAUAGAAAUAGAGUUGAGAUUUUUCCAUCCAGUAAAAGACAUCUGUAGUAAAGGACAGUCAUUAGGGUUUUAAGUAGCUGUUCUGUCAGCGAAAGUAGCUGAUUUUACUGUAGUAGCCAGCUACAGUACUUACAGCUACACUUACAGCCUUGUUGUCGUCCGCUAUCCUAAUCUCCAGGUUGCUAUUACACAUGCAUUGCAUGUUUGUAGCCAGAAUUCGUUUGGACUUCCACGGAAAAUGAAUGGGGUCAAUGUACAAAAUGCAAUUUGAUCACCUGCAUUUGGACCUUCUGUCACUCGUAAUCUGAUCACGUGUGUUCUGACCAUUUGUCACAUGAAACUCAUGCAAAGCAUAGUGCUGGCGCAAAAGUGUUUUGAAAUUCGAUCCUUGUCGCCUGUAUUCCAUAACCUUUGGUUAUUACUAAUGAUAAAUUAUCCAAUCAGUAUGUGUUAUCUCAAAUCACACCUUUAAGGGACGGACCAUUAGAAAAGUUUUUUUUGGGGGGGGGAGGAAUUUUCGAGCGGCAGGAAUUUUUUUUGGUUAUCAAAUUCCUUGUAUGAAUUUUUUUUAGUCCAUAGCAUGAAUAUUUUUUAGGAUUAAUUGGCAUGCAUGAAUUUUUUAAAUUUAAUUUUCCCUUGCACGAAUAUUUUUUUCUACUUCGCCCCCACCCCCCCCCCAUAAGUCUUCUAAUGGUCCGUCCCUAAUUGGACAAUAUUACAGUUGUACAUAUUAAAUUGAAACUUUGACUGCAAUUUACUUUUACUUUUUUCCUCCCUGCUUCUUACACUGACAUUGUCCAUCACAGUCAAACAUACAGGCAACAGACUUGUCUCACCCACCCUGAGAAAACGGUUGCACCACAAACUGACUCUAAGAGACAAUCAUAGUUACACAAUGGACAUAGUUCAUGGUCUCUUUUGUUUACAGUGUCCAGCUAUCGACUACACAAGGCAUACUCUGGAUGGAGCAGCAUCACUACUGAACAGCAACAAAUAUUUUCCCAGUAGGUUAGUAUACGUUUACAGUCUGGAAAAAAGUCAAAUUCGUAUAACCUUUCCAGGAUACAAAUUGUAUGUAACUGAUAGCCUUGCUUGUGUCGAAACUUUGUCCCAAGAAAGUUUGAGACAUGCAGGACAAAACGUAUUCUUUUCUAAAAGAAUCUUGGCUACAUAUAUACAGUACGGUCACACAAAAUUUCAUGUAAGACUUCAUAUAAUGUCCUAAAUCAUAGGUCAAUUUUGUGGGCGGGGUGGUAGGAAGGGGGGGGGGGGUGUUGACAUUCCGGGGGAUAGUGCAAAGGAGAAAGUCUCCAGAUUUUAGAUCUCCAGAGGUUAGCAUCUCUGCUUACUAUCUUUUCUUUUUUCUUUUUCUUAGUUUGCUGGUAAUAAAUUCCCUUUUAAAUAAAAGAGCAACCACAACUCCAAAUUUCAGUCAAAAGACAAAAUCAUAUGAAACCUCUUGUCUCUUUAUCCACACUUUCACUUGGAGAUUUUUGUUUUUCGGCAUUUUGCAAAAUAGAAUUUACAAACGUUGUCGAAUAGUGACUUCGAUCACUAUUGCAACCAAUCCCUGUGGGAGCUGUAACCACGGAAACAGCAGCUGCGUAACAAUGAACCUUGUUUCUCUUUCUAGAGUGAGCAUCAAAGAAUCAUCAGUAGCCAAACUAGGAUCAGUUUGCAGGCGUGUCUACAGAAUUUUUUCACAUGCAUAUUUUCACCAUCGUAGCAUUUAUGAUGAAUUUGAGGUAAGUUUUGCAAUGAGAUUCAGAUAAAGUUUUAACUUUUUUCUAACACUGUCUUGAGCUCAUUAAAAAACUUAUAAAGAAAAAACAAAAGAAAUUUAAAAUGUUUAAUGAGUGUCUUUAUAUCUGAUAAAGACACGGCUAAACGAAAGUCCAAUUUUUUAGACCAAAAUAAUCCCAAAUCUUAAUAUUAGUUCAAGAAUGAGUUGACCUAUAUCUGAGAUUUUAAAGCCGUUCAAAAAACUCGCAGUGAUGUAUUAUUAGGUAUAAAAACUCGAGGCGAAGGCGGAGUUUUUAAACCUGAUAAUACACUCCUGCUCGAUUUGUAAACAGCACUUAAUGCAUAAGGUUUUAGGCCAGUUCUCACGCUAAAAUUUUAGUGCGUUGUUUUCAAAGGUUCUUGUCGUGGUUAAGCGUGAGAAGGAACUAAUUAAAUUUGUCUCACUCGUGAGACAGCCUCCUUUAUGCAGCGGUUCUUGAGGUCAAAAAAAAAUUGUGCAUACUCGAGUCUAGGUAGCUAUUGAAUGAACACUGAAAAGCAGUUAACGAGGAGCAACAUGGCAUUGGUUCUUAGAGCAUUUAUUUCACGUUCAUCAUUUUAAAUCUCUCGCAAUUUCGCCUUUUAAGAAACUACUUUAAUUUACCAAUACAUUGAAAAUGCACUGUAUAUACCGCCGAGGCCCUACAGUGGUAAGUCAAUUGGCCGCAGAAGGACUAGCUUAGUCAGUAGAGCGGGAGGUCGCUAGCCUCCCAUGAAGACAUUCUUAAGGGUACGUCACACGUUCCUGUGGGGCAGGAACGCGUGACGAACCUCUAAGAACGUCUGCUAGGAGGUCGCAGGCUCGGGUCAAAAACCAUGGUCUAAAACAUAUCUGAGAAAUGAAGGCCUUUUUUCCCGGCAAUUGGCUAGCCUUCUUCACGUGUUCGGAUGACCACGUAAAAUGUUAAUUGCGUGUUUUUUUUUUGACAUGACUUUGCACGGUCAAACGAAAGCCUGCUUUUUUUCUUUUGCAGAAUGAAACUCUUCUGUGCAAGAGGUUCACAGCCUACGUGUUGAAGUAUGACCUCAUGGCGAAAGAGAACCUUAUUGUGCCCAUGGACGAAGCUGCACCCUCACCCCCUCCCCCUGAGGGUCCUAAAGAUGAUGGACCAAUGGACAGUGAAACAUGA